CGGGUGUAGUUGUGGAGUUUGUGGAGUUUGGGCACUUGCCGCACUAAUUGUGUUCCGGGGAUGAAGAAGAAAUGCGCGGCGCCCAGGUUUCGGAGUCGGAUUCGGAUUCGGAUGGCGUUGUCAGAAAGAGUGACGAUGCGGCAUUGGCAACACGGUCACGAUCGGAGGAUUUCGCUGUCAUGCCGCGCACUUGCUCUGUUUGGAUACGAUUUGUCUCCGGCAUCACUUGGAAUCACGAGCCUGCCACGCGGUGGCAUCAUCGUCUUCGACCAUGAGUAACUGGUUUUUCUUCUGUCGCACCUCAACUCAUCUGUGCACUGAUAGAUUCCCGGUGUUGGUGUGAUUUUGCUGCUGCAUCAUUUGUUUCGGAUUCUGUGGUUUGAAUGUGGGUUUGCUCGCGACAGAUGGUCGCUGUGAUGACGUUACAAGUAGUGGCGGUGUAUUGAUGAUUGGUUGGUUUCCUGCGGCGCUGGAUGCCUUCCCUUGAAAAUGUUCCGAAAUGUGAGUUCCUUGCAGAAUGGUCCAUGUGUGGUGGAGAAGUAGAAAUUGCUUUGUUGGGGUUUGCGUGAAAGAUUCGGAGGGUUGAUGCUGAAGUUGGGCACGGAGCCUGCCGAGUGUUUGACCUAGAGUCUGGGCGGAGUUGACAAGGAUUCAACAAUGCAGCCUCAGCUGGUGUGUGGUAAAGCAUCGUCAACAUGCGUGACGAUUCCGCAUUCAGUCAUAGUGUUUCCGACGACAGAUUCGUCACAUGUGUCCGUGGUGGGUUGUAGCCGGUUUCCAAGAGCAAUGCGGCGCCAGAUGAACUGGCAGAUUCGUUUGGCCAAUUAUGGAGUGCUGAGUCUGAGGGGCAGGCACUCUAUGUUAACCCGAUUCGCUGCUCUUAGUGGAAACGAAGCAGUUGAGUUAGAGCGAUUCGGGUCGAAAGGAAACUUGAACGGGGAAAGUGGUUUGCGAGGGCAAGAGGGUUUAGUGUUUUCCGUGGGAACAUCUGCACCGUCUCCCAUGUCAUUUCGAGAGUGGUACAUGGCCGAUAAGCAACUCGUGGUUAUUUCUUUCAGCGCUUUCGUGACAACUGGAUUCAUGGCAAUUUUACUUGCAGCUGCUAUUCCAAGUCUGUUGGCUAUUAAGAAGGCGGCUGAAUCGCUUGAGAAGCUGGCAGACACAGCGAGGAUGGAGCUGCCUGGCACCAUGGCAGCUAUCAGAUUGUCAGGAAUGGAGAUCAGUGACCUCACUAUGGAGCUCAAUGACUUAGGUCAAGAGAUUUCUAGAGGCGUUAGAAAUUCAACUCGUGCUCUUUCAGUUGCCGAGGCUGGGAUGCGGCAAAUAGGCGGACUUGCUAACAAUGUUUGGCAGGAACGGGCAGUCGUUCCAGCACAAGCGAUGCAGCCUCUGGUGGCUCGCACCGCAAGACAGGUGCGUGAAAGUUUGGUCCAGACUCGGGUUCUGGUUCACAAUUUGCAAGUUCUCUCACGUGUCUCCAGUUGGCUUGGUUCUCUUCCUAGCCGCACCCCUGCUCUGAUUAUACCUUCUCAGAAGAAGGGUAAUUAAGAUCCUAAAGCAUGGUUCACAUAAAUCAAGUCUGUUCGGGACAUCUUAUCAUAUUCUGCAAUCAAGUGAUGGGCACUGAGUGUGUACCUCAGACGAAGUUGUAGAGAUUCUAUUUCUGCUCGAAAUAUCCUCUUUCGAGUUGUGGAGCGACGAAUAUCACGAACAACAGACUGUCAUUCCUGAAUAGACUGCAGGUGGCUUAUGGUCUUCAGCGACGGACAUUCACUCUUGGUAUCCUUGUACUUGAUCUGAUUGGAAGUCACUUGAAACAUUUCUUAUAAUUCUCCCUGCAGUAUUCGUCGUGGAUCAUGUCGAUUGUGAUUCAUUGUCUCCAUUUGGAUCGUGAUGAUAUUCAUUGGUGGGACUUCUUACUGAUCUUGCGAUUGAGUCGCCUCACAACACAUCGUUGAAACGGGUGUUGCAGUCUCGAUAAAUUGUAUUCAACAUCCUACAGUGCCUGACGAUUGACUGAUGGUGCUUCAUGUGCCAUCUCUCACCUGCACAUUAACGUUAAGAGAAUUCAGUAUGCUCUACUUUUCUCA